AUGAUGCGAGGCUUGCUACAUAACUGGAAGAUUCCGAUUUGCUAUUUUGUUACAGGUGGUCCAAUACAUAGCGACAACUUAAAAAACAUUGUAGUUGAAGUUGUUUCAAAAUUACAAAAUAUUGGGUAUAUACCAAAAGUGUUAGUGUGUGAUCAAGCAUCUAAUAAUAGAGCUUUAUUUAAGCUGUUAGGCGCAUGUAAGGAUCAGCCUGCAAUAGAAAUAGGAAAUCAGAGGAUUUUCACUGUUUUUGAUACACCCCACUUAUUAAAAAGUCUAAGAAAUAAUUUUCUUAACAAAAAGUUGACGUUUUUUGCCGAUUCUAACCAGAUAUCGUGGCAAGAUAUUGAAUACACAUACAACAUCGAUAGAACCAAUGUGAGAGCACGAUGCAUGGUGAAAAUAACAGACGUUCACAUAAACCCUAAUAAUUUCCAAAAAAUGCGUGUAAAAUUAGCAGCCCAAAUUUUUUCCAACUCAGUUGCCUCAGCAAUAUCAACAGCAAAAUCUGUAGGCCAGUUACACACCAAAACGGCUCCUCAUACUGCCGAAUUUUUAAAAAUUAUAAAUAAUAUUUUUGAUGGUCUUAACAGCAAAUAUUGUAGUGAUAGUAACCCAAACAGAAAGCCAAUGUCAACUUUAAGCAAGUCAACUGAAAACUUAAAAGCAGGUUUAGAAUAUCUUAAAAAAAUUAAAGUUUUUGAAAAUCAGAAAGAGAGAAAUAAUAUUCACUGUCUACACGGCUUUCAGUGGACAAUUUUGUCAGUUUUAUGUUUGUGGGAGGAACUUCAAAAAUAUAAUGUGUCAUAUCUUUUAACAUCUUUUCUGAACCAAGAUCCUCUAGAAAAUUUUUUCUCUAUUGUGCGCAAUCGGGGUGGUUACAAUCCAACACCUAGUGUUAGUCAGUUAAGAAUUGCCAUUAAGCAUAACACAAAUAUUAAACUAAAAAUUGCUUUAGACAAUGGAAAUUGUGAAAUAGCACAAACUGAUAAUUUAGAUUUAACCCACGAAGUAACCAGCGUCGAAAUAUCUGACGAGUCCAUUGAAACCCAAACAGUUCAUGUAGAACAAUCUUUAGACAUGCAAAAGGAAAAUAAUGACAACCAAAUUUUAAGCACGGCACAUUCCAGCAAAUGUAGCAUAACAAAUUUAGAAACGUGUGCUGUUACAUAUGUCGCUGGUUAUAUUUACUAUAAGAUUAUAAAGAACUUGAAUUGUAGUAAAUGCCAGGAAGACUUGCUAAAAGACAACAAAAUUCUAUUACAGAAACACGAAUUAAUGUUACUUUUCAGAGAUUAUGGCGCAAAUGAAGAAAUAAAGUUUCUUCAGAGACCAUCAGAUUUGUUUGUUACUAUUACUACAAUAUUGUUAGAAAAGUUUCACGAGGCUUUUAAUUUAUUUAAAGUAGAUAAUGCAGUUUUCGAAAAAAUUGAAACCUAUGUGACUAACCAUAUUUUAUUAACUACUAAUUGGCUUAAAAGCUGCGAAGACCAUAAAAGGAAAAUUAUAAAAUUUUUGGUAAAAAUCAAACUUUUUAAAACUUGUCAGUGGUAUAACGUUAAUGAAAGCAAACAGAAAACUAAAAGGGAAAAGAUUCACAGAAAAUUACUUAUUUUCGAUAAAAGUAAAGGUAAACAAACAUCAAAAUGCAAAAAUUCGACAAGUAAACAGCAAAAAAUUCAACAGACUGACAGCCACAAAAGUAAACAAACCAGAAACGUCACAAAUUGUAUUUAAAAUAUGAAAACGUCUUUUUUUCUACCUAGAUCUUUUCAAUGUACUGAGUUUAGUGCGUUCAUAAAAAUAACAUGUGUUUUUACUUAAUAACAGGCGGUAGCUGGUUUGUCUUUAGUUUCAUGCGUGGAAGAGAAUGAUGCUAGAUAAAAAGUAUAUGUUUUAUCUCGCCGGGUAUGAAUGACGCACGGGUAAAUAACAGUGGACUUAACUGUAUGUUAAACUACACUAUUAGCUUUAGUCUCUAUAUACAGUAGAUAUUAACAAGUAUUUUAUAAUAUCAGGAAAACAAUAUCAGUAUGUCUUAAAACCUUGGAAUCAUAUAGAAAACUUUUUUAUUAAGUUUAGGGAAAAAUGUAUUAUUGAUAAAAACUUGCAUGUCUCAAAACUAAAAAUAAAAGAAUCAGAUGUCAGAAAUUAUGAGUCGUAUACCAAGUUUGUU